UGUACAAGACAACAAUCCCUUUAAUGUAGGGUUAUUGACAUUGUUGUCCUGUUUCCUCAACAGUUUUAUCUCUGAUGGGAAAAUAAAUAGGGAGCCCAGAACAAAACCAAGAGGAGCUCCACAUACAAGUUUUCGACUCAAUUGUUUAGCUUGAAGUUGUUUAUUAAAAUACCUCAUUUCAUGUCUGUCGAGGGAUAUUUUCUGAUCUAGAAAGCUGAAAUUCCUCCUUUAGUCAUAAAUAUUUUAAACAGAGGCGUUCCUGCGCUGAAAACUAAACCCAAAACAGAUGUUUUGGGGUUGUUCAAUGAAAACAAAUUUUCCUUUUUAAAUUCAACUUUAACUGCUGUGCCUCCCAAAGCUGUUGAGUAACAAGCUCCCCAUAUGCAUUUCACAAUUCAGUAUUAACAUCUUUAUGGUUUGAUUUACCUUUUUUUUUUUUUGUUAAAAAAAUCUUUUGUGAGCUUGGUAUUUGUUAAAAAUGGCUUUGUGAGCAAAGCAGGAAAGAGGAAGACUUUGGUGGUGAAGAUGGUUGAAGGGGGUGGAUCCCCAAAGGUGUUGUUUCAAGGAGUUGGAGAUUCCUUUUCUUGGUUUUGCAGAGUUGUGUGAUCAAAAUAAGCCCAGUGCGGGUGUGAGAGAUAUUCUUUUAUUUGAGGUUCUGAUCUAAUUUAGUUGAUUCUUCUUCUGGACUUGUUCAUGUUGUUUGUUGUUUUGGGCAGAGCAAAAAGACUGGGGAGAAAAGAUGAGGAAACCUUUUUUUAGCCACAGGGUCAGAUUUUUCAACACAUUUAUCCAUUGGAUCAUUACUUAUUUUCUGACUUUAACAUUUUUUGUUUAAUUACUUUGCAGAAAUGAGCAUCAGUGUUUCCGCUGCCCAUGUAUGUGAUUAAACUAGAUUUAGUGUCUAUGUAGAAUUGUGAGAUCAGUUUUCCACAUGGUCCAGUUAAGGGUCGUGAGGUUCUUCAUAAAAGUUGAUUAUAGUACAAAGAGGUGACAAAACAUGACCCGAUGCUUUAAAAUAUGCCAAAAUAAAGAGGUUUUAAAUGAUCUGAGUUUUGUGUUUGAGGGGGUCUGUGUGUUUUUCACAAUGAUCUGGAACAAUGCUGGCUCCCCAACUGACUGAUGAUUCCCAGUUUAUUCAAAAAGACAAGAUUUUGUUGUAUUUGGUUAUGAAACAUAGCCCUCUUGACUUUUGCGAAGCCUCCUCUGCACACAUUAGACUCUCAAAGACCCACUCCAUCUUUUGGUCUAUUUUAAAAGCGGAAAAAUUGAGUCGUUUUUGAGGACAUAGUUUCUGCAGAGCGGCAGUAGUUAUUUAGAAAGUCACUUCUGAGUUGUGGGCAGGACUGUUGGCCCAGAGCAAUCCCGCCCCCUUUCCCUUCUAUCUGCAGAGAGCUCACUGUUAACACUGUAAUGUGAGGAUCUUUAUCAAACUAGGUUUUAACGUCUGCUCUUUCUUCACAAUACCGAAAUACUCAGAAAUGCAACUUGAGCCGAAUUUACUUAAUAUAUGUCCUCCAACAUAAGAAAAAUGCUACAAGAACAUGUAAAAAAAAAAUAAUAAUAAUAAUAUGUAGGCCAAUUUAAAAGUUGAGCAGUGUCACAACUCAAGAGAAAUCUCCAGUAAAUCUCCUUCUGGACUCAUGAAGUUUAAGGAUUUGCUCGUUCUAGUUCCGAAUUGCUUGGUAUCUUCAGCUGUUUUCCAAGUCGUGUAGAAGAUGGAGCAUACAUUACAAUGACUUUAAUAAUUCUCUCUUUUCCUUGAUCUUCAGUAGGGACAUGGGGAAUGGCUUCCAUGUCAGAAAAGGGGUGGCGUUGGCCUCCCUGGUUGCAGCCCUUGCUGCCAUAGUAGUCAUCAUAGCCCUCUCUGUGAGGAUCGCGCAGGAGAAGUCAAGGAACGCAGGAACACUUCCAUCUACGGCCGAGCCCACUGCUUUUAUUCCAAAGGAGCCGUGGGAUCACUACAGACUCCCGGACACUAUCACUCCGAUUUCCUACAAUGUGACCUUCUGGCCACGACUGGAACCCGACGAUAAUGAUCUCUACCUGUUCACCGGGAAUUGCACGGUGGUGUUUAAAUGUACGAGGGAGACGGACCUCAUCCUCAUCCAUUCCAUAGAGCUGAACUUCACUCUGCUGGACGGAUUUCAUGCCAGGUUGACGGGCCUGAAUGGACCCGCGCCCAGUCUGAAGAAGACUUGGCUGGAGGAUCGGACUGAGUACUUGGUGGUCCAGCUUGAUGGCCCACUUCAGGUCAACAGCAGUUAUGAACUCUUCACAGAGUUUGCUGGAGAGCUGUCCCUUAUCCAGCAAGGUUUCUACAGGAGUGUAUACACUGAGGACGGAGUGGAAAAGGUGAUUGCAGCAACUCAAAUGCAGCCCACACAUGCCAGAAAAGCCUUCCCGUGCUUCGAUGAGCCGGCCUUGAAAGCUGUCUUCCAUGUGACGCUCAUUCACCCACAAAACACCACGGCUCUAUCCAACUCCAUAACCUCCGGGCAUGUCAACAUCACUGUGGAUGGCCAGGACCUGAUCAGGACCAGCUUUGGACCCACAGUGAUCAUGUCAACCUACUUGCUGGCUUUUGUGGUGUGCGAUUAUGGACAUAUCCGGACAGAACCGGGCCGAAGCGUUUUGAUCAGGGUCUGGGCUAGCAAGACAGCCAUAGAUAAAGGAAAGGGAAAUUAUGCCCUGGAGAAGGCCCCGCCCAUUCUGGCGUUCUAUGAAAAGUACUAUAACAUCUCGUACCCCCUGGAGAAGUCCGACCAGAUUGCCAUACCUGGAUUUGGCCACGGAGCGAUGGAGAACUGGGGCCUGAUCACCUAUACAGAGCCUGCGCUUUUACAAGGCCUCCACGAGUCUUUUUAUGAAGAGAAGGAGGUGGUGGUGGCAAUGGUCUCCCAUGAGUUGGCACAUAUGUGGUUUGGAAACCUGGUGACCUUGAGGUGGUGGAACGACUUGUGGCUUAACGAAGGCUUUGCCUCCUACGUUUCCAACCUGGGGUCAGACCAUGCAGAACCGACGUGGGAGCUGAAUGACUUCAUUGCACCAGAGGAGAUCCUGCAUGUGAUGGAUGAAGAUGCUUCCUGCUUUUCCCACCCCCUCUCUGUCAAAGAGGAGGAAGCCCGGACACCACAUGAAAUUGAAUUCCUGUUUGACAGCAUCACCUACAAAAAGGGUGCUGCUGUCCUUCGAAUGCUGUCACACUUUGUGACUGAGGCGGUGUUGACCAAAGGAUUGCAGACUUACCUAAAAGAGUUCCAGUAUAAAAACACGGUUCCAAAGGAUCUGUGGAAGCACUUACAAAUGGCGGUGGAUGAAGCCGGCAUCUCCCUGCCCCGACCGGUAGAGGAGAUCAUGAACCGAUGGGUCUUACAGAUGGGUUUUCCGCUAAUUACCAUCGACACACGGACCGGAAACGUCACGCAGAAACACUACUUGUCAAGUUUAGAAUGUGUGAUGGACACCCCUUCAGAGUUCAACUACUCGUGGUUCGUCCCCAUCACCUGGAUGAAGAAUGGGAAAGAAGAACCAAAAUAUUGGCUUCUAACAAAGGAAGAUACAAACACAGACAUGGCUCUGGGGUCUUCUGAUUGGUUGGUGGCCAACAUCAAUUUGACAAGUUUCUUUAGAGUCAAUUAUGAUGCUGAAAACUGGGAGCGCAUCAUCAGCAAACUGAACUCUAGACAUCAGGACAUUCCACUGAUCAACCGAGCUCAGAUCAUAGACGACGCCUUUAAUCUGGCAGACUUGGGGAUGGUGAACAUGACUCUGGCUCUGAGAAUCACCUCGUACCUGGAUAAGGAAGUUGAGUACAUGCCAUGGGGCCGAGCUGAUUUCCACUUGAAGAACUUCAUCGACAUCCUUCAUUCAAGAGGGAUUUAUGGACCCCUGCAGGCAUACCUAAGAAACAAGGUCACGCCUUUGUUUCAGCACUUCAGGGAGCUGACCCUUAACUGGACUAAGAGCCCAGCACGUCACUCAGACAUGUACAACCAGAUGACAGUCAUCAAGCUGGCCUGCAAAUUGGAAGUGAAUGACUGCACUCAGCUCACCACGACAUGGUUCAGAGAGUGGAUGAAUAAUUCCACCAACAAAAUCCGCCCCAGUUUGAAGAAGGAAGUUUACUGCAGCGCAGUCGCAGCCGGAGGGGUGGAGGAGUGGGACUUUAUAUGGUCCAUGUACAAGAAAAACAUCACGUCAGAAGUUGGUGAUCUGUUCUAUGCUCUGUCCUGCACCAGACAGCCUUGGCUUAUCAACAGGUAUUUGCAGCACUGUUUGGAUCAAGAUAAAGUCUAUGGCAUCCAUCAUGCACUUAUUUGGAUGUCUCAUAACCCCGUCGGCCAACCUCUGCUUUGGGACUUUGUCAGAGCCAACUGGCGGAGCUUGAUUGAAAAUGACAGGUGCUAUUUUUUAAAAGACAUUCUGAUCUCUGCUGCAACAGACAGUUUAUCCACUGAGUUUCAGUACAAACAGCUGCUGCAGCUCAAAGAGGAACUUAAAGAGCAUCUCUGCUCGGGAGAUGAGACUUUUGAGGAAGCAUUGAAAACUGUGGAGGCCAACAUGAAAUGGAUUGAGAGGUACAAGAAAGAGGUGCACGACUGGCUCAUUAGUGAAACUUCAGAGAAGUAAUCCUACUUUUUAACUUCUGAAAGAAAAAUUGACCAAAUGUUAACUGAUGAUAUGUAAAGUUUUAUUAUUAUUAUUUGUCUUUUUAGAUUUUCUUUGGAAAACUAUGGAAAAAUAAUUUCUGAUAUUCUAUUAUUUGUAUGUACUUUACUGUUGUAAUAUUUGAAAGACAGAUAUCAGUAUGUUUUUGAUCCCUACACACUGAUUUUACUUGUUGAGUUCCUCGAGGUUUAGUGUUUGGACCAGUUUUGUUUACCUUUGACAAAGUUUGGAGCCACUUUUAGAAAACAUUAUUUUAUUUUGAUGAUGUUUAGCUAUUUGUUGAAUCGAAUUAAAUUGAUAUUUCAAGCUCAAUCCACUGUUUAUCUGUUUUCCAGCCUUGAAUGGGAACAUAUCUGACAUUGAAUUCAAAUGAUACAAUAGGUUAGCUUUAGUUCACAGAGGAGGUCAGACAAAGAGAAAAGUCUAAAGCAAACCAUGUGAUGUGUUUUCAAAGCUGUCUUUGCAACAGUCAGAUCUGAAAAACAACAGGCGCACAACAACAUAAA